AAACUUCGGAAGAUUUGGAUACAUAUCACUUAAAAAAGAUAUCUUUUUAAAAACAAAUUAAAAUCCUGCAGUCGAUCACCUGUACAGACUGUGUGGACUGAAGUAAACUCAGCAUCAGACUGUGGCCUCAGUUGGACCGACGAGCCUUCGGUGCCAACGCCUUUUUCUCUCUCUCUUCUCUCUCUCUCUCUCUCUCUCUCCGCUGCUGCUCCGCCGGGACGCUUCAGCUCGGGCUCGUUUGACGGCGUUUGCCUUCUUCAACUCAUGAGCUGCUGAAACCACAAUCCGAAACUACAGAAGUCGCGUGAGAGGGAACAUGGGCUGCACGAUCAGCGCCGAGGACAAAGCCGCGGUGGAGAGGAGUAAGAUGAUUGACAAAAACCUGCGGGACGACCGGGAGAAGUCCUCCAGAGAAGUCAAACUGCUUCUGCUUGGUGCUGGGGAAUCUGGGAAAAGCACAAUAGUAAAGCAGAUGAAAAUCAUUCAUGAAGAUGGCUACUCAGAAGAGGAGUGCACGCAGUACAAGGUGGUGGUGUACAGCAACAGCAUCCAGUCCAUCAUGGCCAUCAUCCGGGCGAUGGGCCGGUUAAAGAUAGAUUUUGGCGAUGCUGCACGGGCGGACGAUGCCCGCCAGCUGUUUGUCCUGGCGAGCUCGGCGGAGGAAGGGGUGAUGUCGUCGGAGCUGACUCGUGUGAUUCAGAGGCUUUGGAGCGACGCUGGAGUUCAGGCGUGCUUCGAUCGGUCACGAGAGUAUCAGCUCAACGACUCCGCUGCUUACUACCUGAAUGACUUGGACAGGAUCUGUCAGCCAAGCUACGUGCCGACUCAGCAGGAUGUGCUCCGUACGCGUGUGAAGACCACUGGCAUCGUGGAAACUCACUUCACCUUCAAAGAUCUCUACUUCAAGAUGUUCGAUGUUGGGGGUCAGCGCUCGGAGAGGAAGAAGUGGAUCCAUUGUUUCGAGGGAGUCACAUCUAUCAUUUUCUGCGUGGCGCUCAGUGACUAUGACCUUGUGUUGGCUGAGGAUGAGGAGAUGAACCGGAUGCAUGAGAGCAUGAAGCUCUUCGACUCCAUCUGCAACAACAAGUGGUUCACGCUCACCUCCAUCAUCCUCUUCCUCAACAAAAAGGACUUGUUUGAAGAGAAGAUUGGCAGGAGUCCGCUCACUAUCUGCUACCCACAAUACCCCGGUGGGAACUCGUACGAUGAGACUGCAGCUUAUAUCCAGUACCAGUUUGAAGACUUAAACAAGCGGAAGGACACCAAGGAGAUCUACACCCACUUCACGUGUGCCACGGACACCAAGAAUGUGCAGUUUGUGUUCGACGCCAUCACUGACGUCAUCAUCAAGAUCAACCUGAGGGAGAUCGGGCUCUACUAAAGUUUCAGGCCAUGCAGGAGCCGAACAAGGACUGUUGGACUGGUAUGUCUAGUCUGCAGAAGGCAAAUUGUAAAGUAGGUGUUACUUAAGGACUAAGCUGAUGGCCGCGCUGCAUGUGGGACCUACAUUCCACAAUUUGGGGACUUGAUACUAUGAUUAUUUUUGUCUUAAUAGAUAUUGUGAUGCAGAGCACACUGGGAGAAAGUGAUGAGUUGGGGAAGCUUGUGAAACAAUCACUGUGAGAACUGUGGAGUCCUGUCAUAUUUAAGAGCUUGGCAUCAGACGAGGGGCUGGCAGGUAAAGCCUCUGACAUCUCGGACACAUUUAUAGUCCGCUGUCAUAUCGACCAAAUCCAUGUGUAUCAAAUCCAUCACUGCAUUUCACAGUUUCACAGCGGAUAUGUAAAUUGUGUUCACUUUUAUUUCUGUUGCAUCUUCUCUUAGCUGUAUUCUAUAUCACAUGUUUUUUAUUGAACAUUUGUUAUAUUUAGAUGUUUGAGUUGCAGUUAUUUAGUAUUUCCCCUUUUGGAUGUGUGAAUGCAUUUCAAUAACUUAUGUAUGGAGAAGUGUACAUUUUAUUUGCAGUUUUGAUGUAUAUAACGCAAUCUUUUGGGUCUGGGAUUAAUUAGAAAGAGUGUAAUGAACUCCGUAGAAACACAGCUGCAUACAUAGUGAGGUAUUUUAACGAGACAACAUUGUAGUCAACAUUUUUUUUUAUACAUGAGAUACAUCACUGCAAAUCAAUUUAUCAAGGAGUUUGAAUACGACUAAUAUAAUACACUCAGUGGAGGUCAACGUAGAAUAUACUUCUUUUCAAGGUAUUUUUCAAUCCUAUGGAUAUCAGUUAAGAUGUAUAUAAACACAUUAAACAUAACGUAAAAAGAUUAAAAUUUGAAAGCUGCACAAGCUGUAUUUGUUUUCUUUGGCUGCAGCAAUCUCAUAAUACUGAGGACGUCCGUUGCUGAUAGGCGGAGUUCUGUAGCCCCGUUUGGAUCAGAUCACUUCAUACAAAUGAGAAAUUCAGAAAGAAAACAUUCCCGAAGGUUUAAGUCUAGCUUUCUGUAUUUUGCUGGAGUUGUAUUGGUUCAUUUUAACAUCAUUAAAUGGUGGCACAAA